AUGCGCAUCGGUAACACCAGGGACGCCGACGGAGUCCUGACCGCCCUCUUCUCGAACGCAGCAAGGCUGGCCCCGGGCGCUUCGCCGCAGUACUGCCCGGAGUCGAGGACCCCUGUGUGGCACACCGACAGCACGUACCGUGCCUCCCCGCCCAUCGGCUCCGUGCUCUACUGCAGGCGGGCGCCCCCGGAGGGCGCCGCCACCUGCUUCGCGGACGCACGCGGCGCGUACGAGGCGUUGGAGGAGUGCCAGCGGCAGGAGCUGGACGGGCUCGAGUGCAUCCCGCGCAGGAUGCGCCGAUGCGCCACCACCGCUGCCGCAGCCUGGGGCCGUCAGGUGCACUCGUACUCCCCCGACUACCCGCUGCCCACCGAGGAGCAGCGGCGCGCGAACCCGCCGAGGAGGGUGCCCGUGGUGCUGCGGCACCCCGUGACGGGGAUGCGGGCGCUGUACGGCGUGAACUCCAGCACCUGCGCCGUCGUCCCCAGGGGGGAAGUCCCGCAGGAGCGGCUGGACGAGCUGGAGCUGUCCCCCGCUGAAGACGAGAGCGUGCACAGGAUCCUGCGCAGGGAGCUGCUGCCGUUCGCGACGUCGGAGCGAUUCACCGUGGUCUGGCAGUGGGAGGCUGGCGAUCUCGUUGUGUGGGACAACCGCUGCACCAUGCACGCUGCUACUGGGUUCGACCACCACAGGCACGAGCGCGAGAUGUGGCGCACCACCAUCAUAGACCGCGCGUGGCGAGUAUGA